UCACGUCUUAAACGUCAUUAAAAAGAUAACCUAAAAAUAUAACCUUAAAAAAAACAUUGUACCUUCUUCAAUAUCUUUAUUUAUAAAUAAAUUAAAAGCAUAAAAAUGAAACGCCACUUUACGCAUUUAUCACGAAAUAUAUUACAAAAUAAAUGCAGUAACACAUUUUCACAAUCAAGAUAUUUAAGUACACAAGCGGCGAUAGAGCGUCGUCAUCAUCUUUUUUCACUGGAAAAGAAGCGUCAGUUGGAUAAUGUGGGCCGCAUUGAGAAGAUCGAAGUCAAUUACAAGGGAGUUCCCAAAGAUUGCACUCUUAUUAUGAAUAAAGACAUUUCGACUCCUCAUGAUUGUGCGAAACAUCUCAGUGAGUGGCACGCAGAAAGCAGCGCGCUGGCACUUCUCGACGGGGCCGUGCACUGGGACAUGCACAGACCUCUAACAGAGAACUGCACGCUUGAAUUCCAGACUUAUAACAGUGCAGAGCCUCACCAUGUGAACAAGGCGUUCUGGCGCACCUGCUCGUUCCUGCUGGGCGCUGUGGCUACGCGCGCCUUCAAGGACAAGGUCGAGGUCAAUCUCCACAGCUUCCCGGGGCCCGACAUCCGCUCGGGUUCGUUCAUAUACGACGUAGCCCUCUCCCUACCCUCCUGGCAACCUUCCCCUCAAGAGCUCCACACGUUGACCGCGGAAUACGUGUCGUUCUGUCGUCGCGGAGAUCCUAUAGAGAGGCUGGAGGUGUCUGAGGACCUGGCUCUGGAGAUGUUCGUGGAAAAUGAAUAUAAAGUCAAGCAGAUACCCAGCAUUGCUAAGGAUAACGGCAAGGUGACGCUAUACAGAGUGGAAAAGCACGUGGACAUCUCGAAGGGCCCGCUCAUAAAUCACGCCGCGCAGGUCGGCCGCGUUGCCGUCACCGCUGUACACAGGCUAGAGGGUGCUCCUGAUGCGCCGCCGCUGUACCGGCUCCAGGGCGUGGCGCUGCCCGCGGGAGUCAUAUUAAACCACUUCGCGUUCAGAGUGCUCACUGAACGCGCUAAGAAAUUGAGCCCGGCGCGCUCGCCGCUCGGCCCGUGGCGGCCCGCGCGCGAGCCGGCCGCCGCGCGCGCAUAACGAUGUUACUUAUUAUUAGUUCCCUACUGUAUCCAUAUCCAUACAUAGCUAGAUUUGUUGUAAGAAAUUAUACAAUACUGAUAAAAGUUAA